AAUUAAUAAAUUUCAAAAUAAAAUAAUUUAAUCAGGAUUGAUAAUAAAAAAACCGAUAACGUUUAUUUAACUUAAACAGUUGACUUAACAUGACUUGACCAAGUUAUGGAUUUAGUCUGUUAUGGGUCGUGGUGAUUCACAUUCAAAAAUUAGAUAAUAAUCUCAAGAUAAAGUGAUUUAAUCACAACUGAUGACAAAAGGAACCCAUGACGUUUAUUUAAUUUAAACAAUUAGUUUUAUCACCAAAAAUCGCAAAUAAUAUAAAUAACGUGACCUAACCUCACCACCGACCUUGACGUGUCAUUUUCAUUUGAGCUUGUCAUUUGACACAAAAAUGGGGUCACAACCGCUAGAAUUUUUUCGACAAGUCCUUUUAUUAGUAUUUACGCCCCACUGCUACGACAAUUAUUUCCUUCAUUUCAAUUUUUUUGAUGGUCCCUGUUUCUCAUCAACAUUGAGUAAAUGUCUAGGUUUAGGCAUAAUUCUAGGCUCACUUUUAGUCAAAUUGCCCCAAAUUAUCAAAAUCUACAGAAGCAAAAGCGGGGAAGGCAUCAGUUUGCUCAGUGUGACUUUGGACUUGACUGCAAUCACAAUUUACGCAUCUUACAGUUUUCUUAAACAGUUUCCGUUCAGUGCGUGGGGCGAUGCCGCGUUUCUUGCAAUACAGACAGUCCUCGUGGGGGUUCUAGUGCUCUAUUAUGGGGGCUCGACCCCAAAAGCGCUCCUCUACUUGGUUGGUUAUUUGUUAAUCAAUUUUAUUUUAAUGAGUGGCUUGACCCCUCUCAGUGUAUUGUGGACAUUGCAAGGUUGUAAUAUUUUCAUUGUAGUUAGCGGGAAAUUGACUCAAGCUUAUAGUAAUUACAAAAAUGGAAAUACAGGUCAAUUGUCAGCUGCUACUCUGAUUAUGUUAUUCAUGGGGUCCCUAGCGAGGAUUUUUACCUCUAUUCAGGAAACUGGAGAUAAAAUUGUCAUUCUAACGUAUAUUGCGAGCACUUUAGCCAAUGGGGUCCUUGUGGCACAGUUGCUCUACUACUGGAACACAGCCUCACAAAAGGAAAAGGCUCACUAGGGAUUUAGGGGUUAAAAUGUGCAUGAGUUUUAAUUCUAAAUUUCAAGCGUAAAGACUGUCAAUUCGUGUAGUUUAUCAUUUGUAAGUUCUUGAUUAUAAAAUUGUUUCGGGAAAAAUAAAACUGGUAAUUAGGUAAAA